GGAAUAUUUAAUAUUUUAUCACAGACGCUUCAGAUGGAAUCCAGGACAUUUACAUCGAGUCCUCACUGGAUGCUGGAGAGGAUCCCUGUUCCCCCUCAGCCUCCGUACACAGAGUCAAUAACUCUAUAGAUUUAACUUUGCAUAUUUAAAGAGCGUUCCAGCUUUUCCUGAAUUUUUAUUCAAAAUUAGCAAACAACGUUCGCAAACUUUGCAGAACUUUGCAAACAAACCUCCGAGUAUUUAAACGGGUGAUUUGAAGCUCAGGACGAGACGGCUGCUUCUGCUGCGAUUGCAUCUUCAUCACGACAUGAUGGCAUUGAGUCUUAAGUUGAUCAUGGUCCUCUGGUCGGCCACUGGACUGUGGGUCGGAGCCGAAGCGUGUGGAGCAUCAGAUGAUUGCUGUAAGACUUGCCCCGCAGGCUGGUCUCACUUUGGAAAAUCCUGUCUCAUAUUCCACCAUGACGCCAAGGACUGGGCUGAUGCAGAGAAAUUCUGCACCACUAUUGGAGGAAAUCUGGCGUCUGUUCACAGUAAAGACCUGUACCUCCACCUCAGGAGUGUGGUCCUGAGACUGACCGGCAAACAUAUGACCACAUGGCUCGGAGGAUACGAUGCAGCAAAGGACGGCGUGUGGCUGUGGAGCGAUGGUUCCCUGUUUGACUUCAAACUGUGGGGCGCAGGAGAGCCCAACGGUGGAGGGACUGAGAUGUGCAUGGAGAUGAACUAUGCAGGAAGGGAUUACGUCAACGAUGUGAGCUGUACUCCAAAGAGGCCUUUCUUCUGUUCCAAGGCUCUGUGAAGUCCCUGCUACGUGCUGACCUCGUGACAUCAGGAUGUUAUUCCCCUCACUUCAUGUCACUUGUACCAGGAUGUUAAACCAGCACUGUCAUAAACUGUGUGACACAGCUCUGGUUAAAUUGAAGCUGAAUAAAUAAAGAAAUAUCCUGUUCAGCAAUCUG